AAUCCUAAAUCCAAAAAAACCUCCCGGUUUGGGAAGCAUAGAAAAUAAGUAAGAAGUAUUACACUUUUAGUUUGUGAACUAACUUUAAACUGUGCCGCUACUUUUCAAAAAACCGGGGGGUUUUAUUUAGUUUACACUUAGUUAACUUUACUAAAUAUCAAUUAAUUGAGCUCGGAUUCUAUUUAUCGAUUUAUUUGAAUAUUUAGCGUUUGUCACAUCAUGUUUUCCUUUUUGAUUUUUGGAAAAUCGACAUUUUAAAAAGCAGUAUGUCAAAAAAGAAAAAUAAUAUUUCCCGUUCGAUAAAAGUUUCUAUGGAUCAAUUAAUGAGCUGGAUUGAAAAUGAAGGAAUCAAGGAUGAAUUCAUCAUUCCAGCUUAUGGAAAGUUGAUUGAUAAACUCAAUGAUUUUGUCCAUUCAUAUGGAUCUUUUAGCAUGGACUUUGAUGUGUUUCAAAUUAUACAGAAUAAAAUUGAAAGCAUAGCUGAUUCAUCCGAAAUUUCAUCAGAUCUUCGGAUAUUAGUGACGGAAAAAUUCAAUAUUUCCAAGCAAAUAACACCGAAAUUCUUAUCAAUAAAAAAACGAAGAAAAUUCGAUCAACGAAGUUCAAUCACCAAAGCAUAUAAUCAAAUACGAUCAAAACAAAAGUCUCUGACAUUCUGUUGUGGAAAGUUAUUUAAAACACAUACCAACAUGCAUCGACACAUUGUUAAAACUCAUCCAGAUGUGAUUAUCGAUGGAAACAAUCCCCAAGAGGAGUCGACUAAUACAUCUCAAAUACAAGGAACUUCUCUUGAAUACUCCAUGUUUAGUGAUAUUGAACAUUCCUCUUCCUCAGAUGAUGUUUCGGUGAAAGUUGAGAUCGAAACAGACCCGGAAUUUUGUGAUGUUUUGGUGAAAGCUGAUACCGAAACAGACUCGGAAUUGAAUGAUGUUCUGAUGGUGAGUGAUAACGAAAUCGCCCAGGAUCGAAUGAUGUUAAAGAGGCUGAUAACGAAACAAUCAUCUAAUCAAAUGAUAUUCCGAUGGUGGACAAUAUUGAAACGGCCUUAAAAUUGAAGAAUGUUACAAUAUUGACUGAAAGUGAAAUGGACAUGAAUCAAAUCAUACUAAUAUAUUGUAAAUGGAAGAUUUCCAUGCAGAUUCGAAUGCCAAAUCUAAUUUCGAGUUAGAAUCUUAAUUCAUUCUUAACUAUUGAAUUCUUAUAAAUAAUUUUUUAUUUCAGUUAAAAAUUGUAAAUAAACUGUGAAUGAAUGUUCGGCUACUCGUAAAA